GUUACAAAAAUGCUCCCAAAACUAACAAUCCUAUCAAUCAUGAUAGCUCUCGCUUCUUGAACAGGAGCCCUGAGCAGUUUCGAAAGUCCCCCUACAGCUAUCUUCGAUCUGUUAUCUUCCAUUGUAUUAUAUCACUCUGAUAUUUUGUAUUGGCUCAAUUGGCUUAUGAAAUAUGAGUAUCAUCCUGUUGAUGGGUUUAUAUAUGGAUAUCAUUUUGUGGUGGAGAUUGUGAAGACAUGGACUUGGAGAGGGGAUUUAGAGAAGGUAAUAUCAGCAGAGGUACUCACAGAAGCGAUGGAUGUGCUUAGGAAUAUAAUAGAGAAUUCAAAUCCAGUAAGGCAUGACAGCCAAAAUUAUCCAUUUAAACUGAAUAAGCAUGUAUAUAAGCAGAUUCAUGGUAACAGAACUAAGAUACAACUAUGCUUUUUUAUCAUUUUCCAUCUUUAAAAAGAACCAACAGAUUAUUAGCAAGAUAAUUCAUGAGAAAGGUUCUGGAGCUUAUAUCAAUAAUGAGAAUUGCAUUAGGAAUAACAUCGAUGGUGCCUGAAUUCCAGGUAGUAGAAGUCAAUAUGAUUCACAGUGUUCUAAAUUUGAUGAUAAUCAUAAGUUUUUGUGAUUUCCCAGAAUACUUUCAAGAAGAGAGGAAUAUAGGGCCUGAUUCUAAAACUGUGCCAUCCUUAAUUCUACUUAUUGUAGCUUUGACUUCUAUUAUCAUCCUUUUAGUUUAUUUAACUUGGAGAGAAUGGAAAGUUAAAAAAAAUAGGAGAAGAAAUAAUAUUGAAAAAUCCUCCAGUUCCUGUCCUAAAAGGAGUAUUAUCAUGAAUUUUCAGUUGAGUGAAUUUGGAAAUUAUAAGACAAACCUUAUGAAGAGAUCCAGACAUAUUAUAAAUUCUUCCCAAUCUAAUCAAGGAUCGAUGAAACAAAUAAGUAUCAGUAACUAAUUCUCUCAAAUUUAUCU